AUGGGCGGCUAUGACAUAGUCAGCGGCAUCCUCGGCUGGACCUACUUCGCCGCAUGGUCAGUCAGCUUCUACCCACAAGUCCUCCUCAACUUCCAGCGCAAAUCAGUCACAGGUGUCUCCAUAGACUACCUCUGGCUGAAUGUCGCUGGCUUUUGUUGCUACUCGUCUUUUUGUGUCAUGUUCCUCGCGUCAGAUGACAUCAAAGAUGCAUACAAACAGCGCAAUCCAGGGUCUAGCGGUGCGCUUGUUCGCAUCAACGAUGCAGUCUUUGCAUUGCAUGCUCUUGUCAUUUCAUCCAUCACGCUCAGUCAAGCCUACCUCUGGGGCUACAAGAAGGAUCGCGAUCAGCACACAAGUACUAUUUGUCGCGGAUUCUUGACGGGUGUGAUCGUUUCUGCCAUUUCUCUUAUUUCCAUUGCUCAGAUGACAGACAAGCUCGAGUGGAUAGAUGUCCUCUAUGGACUCUCCUACUGCAAGCUACUAGUCACCGUGUACAAGUACAUGCCGCAACUCUACCUAAAUUUCGAACGGAAGAGCACUCGAGGCUUUUCAAUUGUCAAUGUACUCCUCGACUUUACUGGUGGAGCGUUGUCGUCUCUACAACUCGUCCUUGAUUCAGCUGUCUCUGGAGAUUGGUCCGCCAUCACGGGCGAUAUCGUCAAGUUUGGUCUCGGCCUCCUAUCCAUGUUCUUUGAUACGUUGUUGAUGCUGCAACACUACUGCGUCUACGGCGAAAAUCCAUUUGCCGACGAAGAUGAAGAUGCUCCAUUGCUACCAGAUCCACGCUAG